AUGGGAUUGAGUCACCUCAGCGCAGCCCAGGUGCUGUCGCUGACGCAGGCCCCAUCGGCCCAGGAGCUCACUGCCGAAUGGCAGGAAGCUUCUCAAAGCCUUCACCUUUCCAGAUCCCGAACGCCAUUGUACUGCCUCGUCAUCGGAAUCGAUGAAUACCAGUCUACAAAAAUCCCCAAUCUAUCCGGCGCCGUUGCCGACUCUACGGCUAUUCAUACUCUCAUGUCCGCGAACGAUCACGCCUUUACGCCACAUAUAAAACACUUGAUCAACCAGCAAGCGACGCGAGAAGACAUCAUCCGGGAGCUUAAAGCGCUAUCUUCAAAUCCUCUAAUUCGGAGAGGCGACCCGAUAUUCAUCUAUUACGCCGGCCACGGUGGCUCUGCUGCGUGGACAAACGACCAAGGUCAGACCGACGCCAGUAACAUCCAGUUCAUCGUCCCUCAUGACUGUGGGGAACACGCGGAGACAAUACCGUACCACGACUUCGUAAGGUACAUGGAGCGCAUCGCUGAUACAAAGGGUAACAAUAUUACGGUGGUAUUCGAUUGCUGUCGGUCGAGUUUCGAGUCCGCGGUCCGUGGGCCAGCGCGUAACAGUGGCAUCUACACUCUCAUUUCUCGUUGCCACACCAAUUGGGAUAUAGAGGCAAUGCAUAGAGAAGACAGACGCCCUCGCGGAACAAACGUCCCACCUGCGUUCGUGCUUAAGGGGAUCCACUCUCAUACGCUAAUCACUUCCUGCGGUGUACAGCAAAGGGCGUGGGAAUCCGGUGGGCGUGGCAUGUUCACGACGGCCCUAAUCAAGGGACUCAAGUUGGCGCUUCGCGAAAGUAUCAGUUUCAAUGAACUUAUGGGGAUGAUUCCCCACAUUCCAGGCUCAUUUCAAUAUAUUUUCACCACAAAUGUAUCGGCCAGGCAAGAUCCACAAUGCGUAGGCAUUAAUCUCAAUCGCCCGGUGUUCACUACGAGCGCAGUCCCUACCUCACCUCUAGCUCACGCUCUCAAUCCGGACCUUUCGCUCAUCAUUCGGAGCGUUGAUGGCCAGUUUGAGCUCAGGGAAUGUCUGCCUGCAUCUGACGCUCGCUUUCCUGCGCGAAAACCAGGAGAGAAUCCGGUUUCUCUUUGCAUCCAAUUUGGCCUUGGCCUUCCUAUGGAUGAAAUAUUCGAACAUCUGAGGAUGAAAUAUGACGGUCGCCGCAUCAAUACCUACACAAAGGUACCUCGUGGAGAAACCGAGGCAGAUGUAAUCAUUUCCGUUGCUGACGGCAGAGUCGUCCUCGAUGACCUCACCAGUUUCCGUCUACCGUCGAUCUCCGACCUUCCCACUCAGAGUGAAUUCAAACGUCUUCCAUUCACCUUCGAGCCGGACUGUCGCUCCCUCUACUCCAUCAUCUCUGCCACUUCGCACUGGUUUUAUCAUCUGCGAAGACGUCCUCCGAACGAUGUUAUGUCCCAUUCGGCACGAGUCACUAUUUCAUUCAUGGAGCUCGAGAAUGUGGAUAAUGCGACGUCUGAGCCUGCGCCUAUCACCGGCGACAGCCUCAUCAACCAAGUUCCAGGAGUCGGUAGUGUCAUUGAUCUCGUGGUAGACAAUGACAAGAUUUACGGAAUGAAAAUCAAGAACUCGUCUCCGUACGCCUUAUAUCCCUAUCUUUUCUACUUUGACAACAGCGACUACAGCAUCACGAGUUAUUACGAGCCUCCUGUUUCUACCUCCACCGGCAAACCAGACCCCCCCCUUCCCCCCCACGGCUCUUCCUUAGCCAUAGGGUACGGUCCCGCUGGCGCUGCACCUCUCAAAUUCUUUCUUCGUGAGGGACAAGAUAUCGAUAAUGGGCAUUUCAAACUUUUUCUCACGACGGAAUACGUCGAUCUAUCAAUGAUCCCGCAAAAUUCCCCUUUCGAGGCACAUGUGGCGGACAAGACACAGCCGCGUGGUCUUCGGCGUGCCGAGAGCUCGACCCCUCUGCUUUGGGGCAUCGGAGUGGCUGCAGUUGGCAUGAUCGUUUUGGGUUUCCUCGGUAUCCAGUUCUUUCUAACAUGCCUCAAUGAAUGGACGUGCGCGUUGAGAAUAUCCCAGCAUAUACUCGAGGAAAGUGAGCGCUGUCAACUUGGGCAAGGAGUUUUAAGCCUGGGAGAGGGUAGCGAUACAACGGCCAACGAGAGUCAGGGCCCCCAUCAUGGCAGCAGAUGCUAUCGAGCGGCUCCUGAACGUUGUCGAUACGGGGUCUGA